GGAAAAAAGAAUGGAAAAGCCACGAAAAUACGCUCCAUUUUCAACGAUCUCAUCAACUUACUUUCUGCUUAUAUUCGUGAGCCUCACGCUUGCUUUCCUCCACUAAUAUAUAAGCAGGCGGGUUCUUUUUUUUUUUUGAGCUAUAAGAGAGUCCCAGAAAGCAAGGAAGUAUUUGACUUGUACAUUAAUAAUGGAGGCGAAAUCGAAUAAGCCGACUCAAAAUGCGGGUCGGGUCGUGGACGGUCCGACGAACCCGAUGGUCACCCCUCUCCUCACCGAUCUUUAUCAGUUCACCAUGGCUUACGCUUAUUGGAAAGCCGGCAAACACAAUGACCGAGCCGUGUUCGAUCUGUACUUUCGGAAGAAUCCGUUUGGUGGUGAAUUUACAGUGUUUGCUGGUUUGGAAGAAUGCAUAAAGCUCAUUGCUAAUUUCAAGUUAACCGAGGAAGAGAUUUCCUUUAUCCACCAAUCCUUGCCUGGUUCAUGUGAGGAGGGCUUUCUGAAUUAUCUAAAAGAAAUAGACUGUUCUGAUGUUGAAGUAUAUGCUAUUUCUGAGGGAACAGUUGUUUUCCCAAAGGUUCCGCUACUCCGACUUGAGGGGCCAGUCGCUGUGGUUCAAUUACUGGAGACUCCAGUUCUUAAUCUUGUGAAUUUUGCAUCCUUGGUGUCUACAAAUGCUGCUAGACAUAGACUUGUUGCUGGAAAAUCUAAAAUGUUGCUUGAGUUUGGGCUUCGAAGGGCUCAGGGACCUGAUGGUGCUAUAGGGGCAUCAAAGUAUUGCUAUAUUGGAGGUUUUGAUGCUACCAGCAAUGUUGCAGCUGGAAGGUUAUUCAAUAUACCUCUUCGUGGCACGCAUUCCCAUGCUUUUGUUAGCUCAUUUAUGGGACCAGAUGAAAUCCUUGAGAGAUCCCUGUGUAGCUCUGAUGGUUCAAGUACUUGUGAGGAUUUUGUCGCUCUUGUUCAGUCAUGGUUAAGCAAAAUACAGUUGUUGAAAUCACUGGGGGGCACUUUUGGAGAGACCAAUCAGAGUGAGUUAGCAGCUUUCAUAUCAUAUGCCUUGGCAUUUCCUAACAACUUUCUUGCUCUUGUAGAUACAUAUGAUGUAAUGAGGAGUGGAGUCCCCAACUUUUGUGCAGUUGCUUUGGCACUCAAUGACUUGGGGUACAAAGCUGUUGGCAUUAGAUUGGACUCUGGUGAUCUAGCAUACUUGUCUAGUGAAGCCCGAAAGAUCUUCCAUACAAUUGAGAAGGAAUUUGGGGUUCCUGAUUUUGGAAGGACAAGCAUUACUGCUAGUAAUGAUUUGAAUGAAGAAACUUUAGAUGGACUAAAAAAGCAGGGUCAUGAGGUGGAUUGUUUUGGAAUAGGAACCUAUUUGGUUACUUGCUAUGCGCAAGCAGCUUUGGGUUGUGUUUUCAAGCUUGUUGAGAUCAAUAAUCAGCCACGCAUCAAGCUUUCAGAGGAUGUGUCUAAGGUCUCUAUACCAUGCAAAAAGCGAUGCUACAGAUUGUAUGGCAAGGAAGGAUAUUCCCUGGUGGACAUCAUGACGGGGGAAAAUGAACCAUGUCCAAAGAUAGGAGAACGAAUUCUAUGCCGCCACCCUUUUAGUGAAUCCAAAAGAGCAUAUGUGGUACCAAAGCGUGUUGAGGAGCUUCUGAAGUGUUACUGGCCUGGGAAAUCAGGUAAAGAAAGAGAAGAAUUACCAGCUCUCAAGGACAUUAGAGACCAUUGCAUCAAACAGCUUGAGCAAAUGAGGCCUGAUCACAUCAGGAGAUUAAACCCAACACCAUACAAGGUGAGUGUAAGUGCAAAAUUGUAUGAUUUCAUCCAUUUCCUAUGGCUCAACGAGGCACCUGUCGGAGAGCUGCAUUGAGAAUCCGAGAUAUAUUUUACAUGGAGUUAGCUUACAAAUAGCAGGUACAAAGUAAUGAUUCCAAUGGAGCUGGAGGAGCUUUUUUAACAUAGUCUUCAUACAUCACAUUAUUGUCUUAUCUUUGUGCUUUAAUAAUCCAUUUUUUUUAUGCAAUGCUCAAAUAAAAUAAAAAUUUGUUUUUUUC